AUGCCUGGGAGAGAGCUGCUGCUCCUGCUGCUGCUGGCAGCGAUGGUGACUCUGGCUGCUGCCAGAGAGGCAGAGCUAAAUGAAGGGGGUGGCCUGAGAAAGCCAGUGUGUGAAGACCUUGUUUACCUGCAGGCCUGCCCCCUCCUGUACUUGCCCAUCUGUGGGACCGAUGGGAAUACCUAUGCCAAUGAAUGCCAGCUCUGUGUGGAAAAAAUGAAAACCAGGCAAGACAUCCGAAUUUUGAAAGAUGGGGAGUGUCAAGAUACCUGA